AUGGAAGUGAAACCAAUGAAUUUUAAUUUAUUACCAAACGAAAUCUUACUUGCUUUCUUCGAAUAUUUGAAUGGUAAUGAUCUUUUUCAUACAUUUUAUGGUCUCAAUGCUCGUAUCAAUGCUCUUCUCUACAAACAAUAUCGAUGUUAUUACUUCAACUUCUUCGUACUGCCCAAACAUAAUUUUGAUCUAAUAUGUCAACAACAUAUUCCAAUGAUCACGGAUCGCAUUCUUGCUCUGCAUCUUUCCGAUUCUGAAUGGACUCCAGGACAAGUCGAUCUAUUUUUUUCUCAUAUACUAUCAUUGAGACAAUUUACUCAUUUACGAUCCCUUUCAUUAUCUUAUCUUGGUUCAAAAGAAAUUCUAGGAUAUAUUAAUUCUGACAAAAAUAACAAUUAUACAAGAUCAUCGUUUUCAUCACUGACCAAUUUAAACAUUUCUAUUACUGAGAUUCAUCCACCGACGAGCAUCUCAUUUUUACAGAAUACACCAAAUUUACACCAUCUGAACAUUGAAAUAUCGGGUUACUAUUUCAUUGAUGGUCGUCAAUGGGAAGAUCUCAUACGUAACUAUUUACCAAAACUGAGAACAUUUCACUUGUCAAUCAAAAACUAUUCAUAUAUUGUUCAAUCAAUGACAGAGGAACAAAUUGAUGAAUUAAUGAAUUCAUUUCGAACUUCAUUUUGGAUUGAUGAACGUCGAUGGUUUGUUCGAUGCAUAAGUAACGAAGAUUGUGUUUCUUUUGAGACUGUGUCGAACGCAUUUCAUUAUACUGAUAAAAAGCUUCCUGGUGUGUUCAGAUCAACAGAUUCACAAGACAAUAUUGAAAGACUUUAUACUACUAUAGAUCAUAUCUCGGAUGUGACACUUUUCAAUCAACCAAUUUCGUCGAAGAUUUAUUUUCCAAAACUUCAUUCUCUUUCAGUAAAAUGUCCGAUCAAUGAUCAAUACUGGUCGAUGAUUUUAAAUUUACAUCACGUCUCAUCACUUUCAUUAAAUUUAUGUACUGACUUUUCACAAUCUAAACUGCAAGCUUUACUGAAUCGAAUGCCUUAUCUUCGUACAUUGACUAUUCAUCAAGAUGCAUUAUUACCUUUGCCAAUGUCAUUAUUUAAUUGUACAUUUCCAUCAUCAAUUCAUUGUUUGGAUUUAGAAAAUUGUGAACAUUAUUUCAAUGAAAAAGAUUGUAUUAGAUUAACUCGUUCUUCCUUGGCGAGUCAUUGUGAACGACUUGACAUUCCAGUCAAGAAUCUUCAAAGUAUUAAGAUUCUUGUGAAUAACAUAAUCAAUCUUUGUGCAUUACGUGCUAGUUUUCCAGAUGAACAAACCUAUGAAAAUAGGCCUUCAAGAAUAUGUAAUGAAGAUAAAGAUAUUCAAUGGUUGAUUGAACAUUUACCAUCAACCUGUGCAAUAAGUAGAGAUCCAUCUUGUUUUAAUGAUAUUCGAAUAUGGAUUAAAUAA